CCCUGCCUUACCACUAUCCCCCCGUCACUGCUACGUUAUGUUUGGGAGAAGCGCCUAUGCCAGCGAAGACUGGCCACUGAUCCCUCGUCUUCCUGAGGAAGCUGAUGAAACCAAACGACAUAUUGCUAAAAAUAUCCAACAAGUUACAGAAGAAAACGAGCAGUACAUCAGGAGUUAUCAUCCCGCCUUCGAAGAUGCAGACUUUGUUUUCGUUUACUGCAACCCAUCGAGUCUCAGGGAAUCUGUCUGGAUGGUCGAGAGGUCCAUCUUUUCCGACACAACCCCCCCGCCCACGGGCACACGGGAAGAGCUGUCAGGCCGCUACCGUCCCAUAGAGGAUCCACUGGCACUAAUACGACGAGAUCUGAAUCCCCGUGUCCCAUUAUCAGACGCGGACAUAUCUGUGAUCAGGAAAUGGUGGCCUAACAUAAUCGGUGUGCGGGUGUACGUGUACGGUGUCAUUAGUCUCCUCGUACACCAGUGGAACGACUGUGAUGAGGUUAGAGCACGUUAUGGAUGGCCAAUGAAAAUAGGGGGAUUGCGCUCUCAAAUUGAAACCAUCCAGGAUAUCAAACCUUCCGCUGACGAGGCUGGUACUGGGCGACGUUGGCACACUGACACAGAAAUCGGGUCUACCAGUGGGCUACGCAUUGGGAGCCGAUUCGGAUUCGGGGCAGACAAGGACACUGUAUCCGAUGCGAUAACGACUAACACGCAUUCCUUUGUUUAUGCUCCUCGUGAUGUCCCGAUGCAACAGAUACUAUUCGACAUCGUACGCGACACGUUUCUGAGGAUCAAAUACUGCAUCGCGUCAACAAAGACUUGCCGUGCACUAUGUGAUUGGCGACCCAUGUCUUGGGCGUUGACUCAAUUAGUCGGAGAUAGCUCUCCACUGGGAAAGGAGGUGUACGCAGCAAGUCAGAAGGCAGGGCUUCUUCGUGUCGGCAAAGUAACCAAAUGCUAUGACUCACCUUCCCUAGUGUUUACAUAUCCUUUCGGAUAUCGACAUGACUUGCCGUUAAUCACAGAUAUAUCACUACCGGAAAUUACUGCCCCUCCAGGGUUGCCCAUCAUCUCCGGCUUUGAGCCCACCUUUGACGCCGCGCUUCGGCUUGGCUGUCCACUCUUCGCGGCAAGUUAUCGUUCAGGAGACAGGCCGAUGGCAGUUCCGGUACAGGCGGUAGCCACACAGUACACUUGGGAGCCCGGCUCUGCGCUUUGCUUGGGAUCGAUAGGAGCUUGUGAGACGCGGGUAGUGGCGUUUCAGAAUUUUGAGGCAGAUCUACGGCAUGGACUGUGGAAUGUGCCUUUGGUGAAAGACCAAAGACGGUAUUUGAGAUACAAGGGCGGUUUUGCGCUGCCAAGGGAGGUCCUUGAAUCUCAAGUUGUGAUGCAGGAGCCUGGAAUAUAGUGGAACAACCAUCUCGCGGAGUCGUUAUGCCACCAUGGACUUGUAUCUAUGACUUUUGUUGUUAGAAAUCGCUCAGCUUCGAUCGAUUGAUAUAUCUCAGGUUGGCGGUAGGUCUGCAAAUUGACGUAGGUGUGAAAAAAAGGGUGUCAGCAAGAGAAAAGCAAGAUCUUCUCGGCGGAAUCAACAAUAUCAUUCACGAGCUCCAUUGUAUGACACUCUCUGCAUGAGUAGAUGCUCGGAGCACAAACUAACCCAUUUCUAUGGGAAGCAAAAACGGUUACCCUGAUGUAGUAGGCUGUUUCACUACCACGUAAGGGAAAGACAACUCUUGUAGUAUACUUAUUAUGUCUCUUAUAAUGAUAUGACCUCUUCCACUAGCGCACCGAACUUUCUCUAUAGUGCCAUCAAAAAUGAGUAGUACUUCUUGAGCAGUGGACCGAGGUGUACGCGAAGGGAAGGCACGGUUGCGAGAGGG